AUGGAGGAGGAAGGGAAGGAGGUUAGCCUGUUGUCCUCAGAUUAUCCUUGGGAUGAAUGCAAUGAGAAAUCGAUAGAAAUAGACUUGACGCAGUUUGAGGAACUCGAUGCCUAUGCACAGAAGGUGAAUGUCAAGGAUAGCGUGGAAAACCUGGUGAGCGUCUUGCUCCAAAAAGCCCACAAUGACCUGGAGAAAGUCCGAGCCAUUUGGAUGUGGAUUUGCCAUCAUAUAGAAUAUGAUAUGGAAGCCUUCUAUGACGAAGCCAAGAGGGCUUCAGAGGCAGCAGAUGUCCUGCAGUCAGGAAAAGGAAUUUGUACAGGAUAUUGUGGACUCUUUGAAGAAAUGUGCAGUAUUGCAGGGAUACAGUGCAAGACGUUGUCAGGCUACUGCAUAGGGUAUGGAUACAAAGCAGAACAGGUCAUUGAGGAAUAUAAGAGUCAUGUCUGGAGCACUGUUCAUCUCGAUGGAAGGUGGCACCUUUUGGACAGUACAUGGGGAAGUGGAUGCGUGGAUGACAAGGGCAACUUCACUUUCAGAUACAGUGAGUUUUACUUCCUUACCCAUCCUGCUCUGUUUAUUGAGGAUCACUUCCCAGACGACCCCAGGUGGCAGCUUCUGAAACAGACAUUAAGGCUGGAGAUGGACGGAUGUGACGGCUAA